CUUUCCCGCAGUAAUUCAGAUUUGUGACCACCACUACACUGCUUCUAUCUUCCACCGCUGCGCUAACUACUCAUCUUUCACUGACCGCUACAGGGACACUGAUUUUUAAAAGCCGCACUCAAGGAUAUUUUCUGAGCGGGAUUCGAUCACACACCAUGGUUGCGUUACACUUGCAGUUAACUGUUGUCUUGUGCCUGUUUCUAGUGCCUCACCUCAGCCUUGCCUACCCCAGGAAAUCUUUGUUUAAAAGGACCAGUCUAAAGAAAGAAGAUCCAAGGUUCCAGAAGACGAGCAUGUUUAAGAGCAAACCAACACAGACGGUGGGGAUGCUGGGGGGUAGCGUGGUGCUGGAGUGCCAGGUGUCUGGCAUCCCCCCAGCCCUGGUUUACUGGGUCAAGGACGGAGAAAGAAUUCACCAGGGCGACACCCACACCGGCAACAGGGAGCAUCACAUGACCUCUGACGGCCUGUCCAGGCUGGAAUUGUCCAGCACACAGUCUAGACUCUACCUGGACUGUCUGAGUGAGGAGGACGCUGGCAUCUACGUCUGUGUGGGACACAGCCCAGCAGUCACCAUCAAACAGGAGCACAGACUGACAAUUGACACUGCAAAUGGAAUUGAGCAGACAGCAUGUGCUUGGUCAGGUCAGCCAAGAAUAUUCAUGUGGACAUCAUCUCGACUUGAAUAUGAAACGGGCACUGUCCAGCUGUUUUGUCGUGCGCAGGGUAGCCCCACCCCAACCAUCACCUGGUAUGACAGAGAUAACAUGCCCAUUGACCCAGAAAGUGAUUCGUACACUGUGACUCCAACAGGUGACCUGAUCAUCCGAGAUAUUGAUUGGAGUCUGCACAUGGGGGAGUUUACGUGUGAAGCUAAAAAUGACUAUGGAUCUGACUCCGCAUCCGCAUUCUUAUACCCAACUGGACGGGGCAAAUAAUGGCGUGGCAUUGGCUGCUUGUACCAUGGACUGCUUGAUGUUGCCAGUUGGGCCCAGAAGCUUCUAGUCAACAAGGAUUCUCUCAAUGUCUGUCUCACUAAGACUUGUACAAAUUAUCUCCAUUUUUUUUUAAUGAAGGUGACAGUGCUUUUAUGGUUAUGUUUGACCAACGCUAUUUUAUAACUUAUUUUUACUAUAUUUUAAAAAUAUUAGGUAAUUUCUAUAGGACACAAAAAUAUGGUCCAUUGCGAUGCACUAGAAUAGAUUUAAAGAUCUGUGAGGACAAUCAUUCGCAGUUUACUUUUAGAAAAACCCUGUUUUGAAUUUAUUUUAAACUUGAGAAUGCAGUUGUUGUAGCCUACACCUUGUUGACUUUUUUUUAUUAAAAAUCAAAUACAAAGUAAUAUUUUAGGUGUGUGUAUAGAUGCUGAUAAAGUAAAAUUGUAUUUACUUAAAAAGUAUCAUUUACAAUUAUUUGAAGUACUGAAUUAGUUUUGCAUUGAUGAAACCUUAAUCAAGAUAGAUAACAAUGUCUGACAUAGUUCAUAAAAUAUUUAUUUUUUCCUAUGAACUGUGGGAAAACUUACUAUUUGUUUGAUUUAAUUUACUGGUUGCAUAUUUGAUUAUUUAUGAAGUUUGCCACAUUGUAUUUGAUGCUAUAUGGUUCUUCCUGUAUAUACAUACACAUAUUUAUUUGAAUACAUUUUACAAAUGUUUUAUUUAUCAUUGUUGAAAUCAACAGCAUAUAUUAGGAUGAAAUAAUUUACAGAAAUGACAAUAAAAUGUUUCAAGAUUAGAUUUAUUUUCUGGCUAAUAAAUGCUACACUUGUUUUAGAUAAAUAUUUAUUAAUAUUUAAACAUCUUGUAAAGUUUAGUAUUAAAUAGCAACAAAUGACAAAUAAUAGUAAAUUUUAAUACUAAACAGGCUAGAUUUCCAAAUUAAAAUCUAAAUUUACUACAAUUACUACUAGACUAGAUACAAAUCUAGCUAGAUUCUAGAUCUAAUUAGUAAAUUACUAAAUUACUGCAGUAGGCCUACUCAGUACUACUGCUCACACUACUUGGACUAGAAAUAUUAUUAUAAAUUUCUGUGAACUUGAAUUAUUUUCAACCUAGUCUUUUUAGAGCACUAGAAAAUUAAAUUUUAUAUUACAUUUUCUAGGCCUAAUUAAUCUAAUUCGACUUUUGUUGAUAAGAUUUUAGUCCA